UAAUCCCUGGCCAAGAGGACACGAACUCUGUGCAUCAUCAAAUACCACAAUAUUCUACCAGUUUCAUAUCCAAACACAAACCCCCUCUUCGUGCAUCUUCGUAUACACACCUCGAUCUUCUCCCAUACCCACCUCAAUCUUCUCCGCAUUUCCUCAAGAUCUACAACCCACGCAGCUUUACCGCUAAAACCUACGCUCAUUCAAGAUGGGGAGCUCGCAUUCCAAAUUAACGACACCUCCGCAGAUGUCGGUACAAACUGCCAGCCGAGGGUUCCCUAAAAGCUUUCGGCUGUCAUACAAGAAGGCCCUUUCCCUCAAGAUGGUAGUCCAUCUUAGCGAACCCGACUCAGAGCCUCUAUUUGCCUUCAGCUCACCAGAUUCGUUCAUGCAAAUGGCUUUGAUGCACGACGGCCCCACCACCGAUGCCCCGCCGCUGGCCGCCCUCACGCAGGAGGGGAAAAUGGGCAUGGACUUUGCCAUUCAUCUCCCACCGAUGGCGAGCGCAGGCUUUGCGGGCGGAAAAGAAAUACUGCGAUACCACGGUUCCUUGAAGAAGGAAACGUUCUGGUUCGGCAUGCAAGUCGGAGAGGGCAACGGCCGACACCUCGAGAAGUUUGAGUGGCGCCGCUCACAUGGGAGCGAGGUCAAGAGCGUCGGGCAAUCGGGCUGGGGCUGGAAACUGGUGCGACUGGGCGGUGGCACGGCCGGAGAAGGCGGCGAAGACGGCGCUUCUGACCGCGGAGAUGGCUUCACCAAGGACGGCAAGGAGAUUGUCGCCGUGUGGGCAGACGGCAAGGCCUUCAAAAGCAUGACAAACAUCGGCGAGUUCCAGUUCCGGGGCAGCGGAGCCACGGGAGAGCUUGGCACGCUCUGGAGUCUGAUGGCCAUCAUGAGUUAUGUCUGCAUUUACGUCCACGUCUCGCGGCAAAAUGCUGCCGUUGCGGCGGCGUAAGGUCCGGGGAGCGAAGGGUUGCAUCCAUACUGCAUGUGUCAUAAUUAGCGUUUUAAUUUGAAGGGUCCUUGGGCGAUCAUUUCGAGAUUGAGCUUCCCCUGGUUUUUAGCGACGUCAUCCUUGUCCUGUGCCACUUGGGAAUCGUUAGAUAAGAAAAUACCCCGACCUUUUUUUUUAUA